AAAAACCGGGCCUGUGGCAUAGCUCGCUUCCGCUGGUGAAAGGAACUGAACUGGGUCGUGCUGUGGUCUAUUGCAGAAAGGAGACAGAAGCGCCGCUAAAUAUUACUGAAACCGAAAAGGAACCAUCAACACAACAGGCCGCGGAACUCAGAGAUGUCACACACAAUUUUGCUAGUCCAGCCUACCAAGAGGCCAGAAGGCAGGACGUAUGCAGAUUAUGAAUCUGUCAACGAGUGCAUGGAAGGCGUCUGCAAGAUGUACGAAGAGCAUUUGAAGAGGAUGAAUCCCAACAGCCCGUCCAUUACAUACGAUAUCAGCCAGCUGUUUGAUUUCAUUGACGACCUUGCUGAUCUUAGCUGCCUUGUAUACCGGGCAGACACUCAGACAUACCAGCCUUACAACAAGGAUUGGAUUAAAGAGAAGAUCUAUGUGCUGCUGCGUCGCCAAGCCCAGCAGGCAGGCAAAUAGAGAGAACUGGAACGGGGGGGGGGAGUUGCUGUACACCACUGUUUGUAUUAUAGUAGCUCAGCAUUCAUUGAGUUCUUGACUAAUUCAGUGAAAUUUAGAUUUGAGUGGGGGUGGGGUUGUUUUGUUUAAAUAAAAAAAAAAAAAAAAAAAAAUCUUCCAUCAUUCAGUUGCCCCCCGAACGAAAUGUCUUUUCAGAAGUUUUGCGAAGACAUUUUAGUUUCUGAUGGAACAGAGGACAGGCAGUGCUAGUCCUGGAGGGCUGUUCUACUCGUGGUUUAAUAGUUAUUAAACUGCUUGAGAGGCUGAUUGGGUUUUUUUUUUAUUUGGAAGGGCCCAGGCUGCCUACCCCUGUGCUGAGGGGUUUUCAUUGUUGUAAUGGAGCAGAUCCAUCAGGUGGCACUUGCUAGAAGUGUGUUUCUUUACUUGAUCUGCCUAGACUUGUAUGUAUUUUUUUUUCUUUUCUGUAGAUCAUUCUGCUAGGUUUUUAUUCAUGACGAUUCCUGCAUCCUAUAAACAGGUUUCUAAAUUGGGUUUUGGUAUUGAUUUACUUUAAACAUGUAUUGCACAGUCAUAAACAGUACUUGUUUGGAGAAAGGUCUCUUAACAGAUGUUGGUGUUGAAUCUGACAGCAAAUCUUUCUUUCCAAUGCAGAUGUUUUAAGUUCUCCUGAGUGAUUUGCUUCUUUUUGUAGGUCUUGUGCGAGUGCUCUUUACAAUGACACAUUUACUUUUUACUGUAUUUUGACUGAAAUAAAAUCCUUCUGUAUACCUGUUC